AUGUCUUGGUUAAUGAUAGAGACUGUUGGCCUAAUUGCCACUGUAUUUUUCCUACUGUAUUAUUAUUCUAUGUCGAGGAUGGAUUAUUGGCGGAAACGUGGCGUCAAAGGGCCAAAACCUCUUCCGUUUCUGGGUAAUUUCAAAGAUGUACUCCUGGCAAAAGAAUCGACCAUGGAUUGUUUCGAAAGGGCGUACAAAAAGUUCAAGGAUGAGCCAAUGGUCGGAGUGUAUGGAGGUCAUGAACCGUUGUUAAUUUUAAGAGAUUUAGAUUUAAUAAAAGACGUUCUUAUUAAAGAUUUUAACAAGUUCGCUCAAAGAACUCAUGGUGCUAUACGAGAGGUUGAACCAUUAUCCGAGCAACUUUUCCGACUGGAUGCAGAAAGAUGGAGACCCUUAAGACUCAAACUUUCAUCUUUCUUUUCAUCAGGAAAACUGAAGGAAAUGUUCCAUUUAUUCGUAGAAUGUUCUAAUAAUUUUGAGAAGUAUUUAGAAAAAAUGGUAGAAAAAGGAGGACUGGUCGAGUGUCGUGAGGCUGCUGCAAAAUUUACCACUGACGUGAUCGGUGCUUGUGCCUUCAGUAUUCAUACGAAUGCACUUACAGAUAAGAAUUGCCAAUUUCACAAGAUGGGCAAACAAGCUCUCGCUACAAACCUCCAACAAUUUCUCAACGAUAGAUUGAGAGAAUAUCCCUUCCUAUUUAGAAUCUUUGGACGCUUCUUCGUUGAUCACGAGGUCACUAAUUUCUUCGUAAAUGCCACAAAAGACGCCAUAGAUUAUAGAAUCCAGAACAAUGUGUAUUUACGAGAUGUCAUUGAUAUUCUGGCAGAUGUUAGGAAAAAUCCAACGAAAUGUGGUCUUAAAGAAGCGGACAAUUUACUCUUGGCAUCACAGGUUGUUCAAUUCUUCUUUGCUGGUUUCGAAAAUGCUUCAUUAACGAUCAGCAAUGCUUUGUACGAGCUGGCAUGGAAGCCAGAGAUUCAAGAGAAAGCUCGCGCGGAAGUAGUGAAUAUUUUACAAAAAUAUGACGGAAAAAUCACGUACGAUGGUUUGGAAGAAAUGAAAUAUUUGGAAGCGUGUAUUUUUGAAACAUUGAGAAUGUAUCCAGUAUUACAAUGGUUGUCGAGAGAAGCGACGGAAACUUACACAUUUACGGGAACAAAAGUUACCAUUCCAAGGGGUCAACAAGUCUUUUUACCAAUCUAUGCGAUACAAAGAGAUCCGGAUAUUUAUCCAAAUCCUAAUAAUUUUGAUCCUGAAAGAUUCACCAAUGACAAAAUUAAAACUAGACAUUCGAUGGCUCAUUUACCUUUUGGAGAUGGCCCAAGACAUUGUAGUGGAAUAAGAUUGGCAAAAAAGCAAUUAAAGGUAGGACUGGCCACAGUUUUAUCAAAAUUCAAAGUUGAAGUAUGCGAGAAAACUCGUAAAAUAUAUCAAAAAGACAAGAAACCACUAUUUCUUCUUCAACCUGUUGACGGUAUACAUUUGAAAAUAUCAAAAGUUUCAGUGUAA